UGAAACUGAUCCGUGACCUCACCUGUAGGAUAUAAAUAGGAUCCCGGAUCCACACUCGGUCACUUCUUUCUGCAGAUCCAACGAAACCUUUCGCAACAUGAGGACUUUGUCAACACUCCUGCUGCUCCUGCUGGGAGCAGCCGUGGUACUCUGCAUAGACAAAGACAACUGCCAUAACUACGGGCCAACCAUAUCCAUCAAGUCACCCAUAUCAGGCCUGGCUACCGUUGGCUGCUUUCACGAGGGCCGAUUCCGCAAAUUGGGGCUCAAAUGGUCGAGCUCCCAGUGCGAAAGUUGCGACUGCACGUCCGACGGCAUCCAAUGCUGCUUGUCCAUAAGCAAGCCGGUGAUGUUCCCGGAUGACUGCAGGCUGGAUUUGGACGUGGACCAGUGCAAAUACAACCUGGUGAAGAAGAACAACCCGAGCGAGAAGUGUUUCGUCCAGCACAUGUCUCUCUCGUAGUCAGCCCCAGAGUUGGUGCCACCACGGGUUCGCUCACGACCCCAGCCACAACGUGGCACAGUGACACAUGCUCAGCUAAUCAUUGACACCCCGCCGCCGCCGCUUGCGCUCCCCCCACCCAAUCCACUCGGCAGAGAUGGGCAAAAUACAUUGACAUCACAAAUCACAAAUUACCAACGUAAAGCCACGUUGAUACAAAAGACCGAUCAACGGCACGAAUGCUCAAUUGUGUCAAGCGGGUGUCAUGUAGAAUGUAGAUGCUAUUGAUAUGACUGCCCAUCUCCUGCCAGGCGUAGGUGGUGGUUGCAAUCAACCCCCACACUUCUCUUUACCGCACGAUGCUUCGCAUAGCUUCGGACAGGUUCCGUUGUAGCGGUAGGUUACGCUACCGAGUUCAGCUGCUGCUGCUGUGCUUGAAAGUAUGCGCUCUGAUGUGGAUUCAGGUUUAAAUUUUGUUGUAAAGUUCAGCCUUGCAAUUGCUGGCUGGCAAAGUGGGGCCUUCCUCCCACUUGAGGGAGCUCUAGUAUUAUUCAGAAAUGUUCUCAUUGUACUCUGCUCAUUUAAUAACGUUGACUCCAGAUGGCGAAAGUUGUUUCUUGUUGUUGUUUGGCCCUGGUCUGCAUGCCGCCCUUUUGACGCCUCUGAUGAGGGAGGAGGGAUGGGUUAAGCCUGGCUCGGUACUUAGUUCGUGGCGGUCUUGCCACGUUUUGUAGGCGUACCGUGCUGCGAACUUGUGAUCAGGACAUGGAAGUGGAGUGUCACCUAUCUCCUCGGCGUGCAGGGAUGUUCUCCCGGGUCCUCCGAUUUCCCUCCCACGUGAAGCCAAACGCUCAAUAAAUGAAUUGGCCAAACACCCUGAUGUAGCAAUGCAAUAAUAAAAGACUGAGAGAUUGUGUGGAAUUUUUGUGGAUUAACCAUUCGAAUGUUGAUGAAUAUAGUGUAUCAUCCGAUGUGGAGAAUUUUCAAUCGUAUCAACGUUGAAAUCUGUAAUUUCUGGAUGUUUUGUCUUGUUUAGAGAAAACGAUUGUUUUACAUCAUUAAAUUGCAAUGCUAAGUUGUGUGAUUCCAUGAUUUACUUAAACGUUAUAUAUAAACAUCGCCCAACGAGAUGGAUGUAAUAAUAGGGCCCAUUGGGUAAGGCAAUGGCCAGUUUUGCCCCAAGAUUCAUAGGUCCACCACUAUAUCAUGGCACACAGCAAAGGCUCUGUGUUUCCAAUCAUCAUGAAUUGUGGGUAUCAAUAUUAUACACUCGAACAACGUUACGUAAUUACAUUUUCAAAAGUGUAAAACAAAAAACCUGUUCUAUCAACAUGCUCCAACGACCGGAACGGCAAAAAAAAAUAGUUUAUUGUUGUUUUGUGUUUGUAUAUUGCUUUUGUUUUUGUUCAAACCAACCCCCCUUUUUUUUUUUUACAAAAACGAAGAAAAGUUAUCCGGCCAGACAAUUUUUUUUUCUUGGUGGAAAGUUCAGACGGAAAAUUCCUUACGGCGAGAGGGAGGGAGGGAAGGAGCGGGUCGCAGCGCAUGCGCACAAGCGGCAAGUUUAAAACGUCCCACUCCGUGGCGGACGUCUGCGAGAUGUCUGACCGGGCAGAAUGGUGUCAGAGCCAUGCGUAACAAACGUUAUACGGAGUACACGUGGCAUCUUUGAUAAUACUUGCGACUGCAGGAUAUGCGUUGCGCUUGUUUUUUUUUGCUGAUGAUGAUUUGUCACGAGGUUAUGAUUUGUAAUCAAAAUCAUCCUUCAAUUAAAGUGAAUUUAAGCUUC